UGUCUCUUGUCUCUACCAGUCCGCUGUCAUCUCACACCGUUGGCCAGACAGCUGAAACCGAUUAGUAAUUGGACCAAAAGAGUCGAACGGUCAGCCUCACAAGAUGACAUCAAGAAAGCGUACCGGAAACUGGCCUUGAAAUGGCAUCCAGACAAAAACCCAGACAACAAAGAAGAGGCAGAAAAAAAGUUCAAAGAACUUGCUGAGGCGUAUGAAGUCCUAUCUGACAAGAGCAAACGUGAUGAGUAUGACAGAUAUGGCAGUGACAGAAUGCGACAUGCUGGUUCGUCCAGCUCAGACUUUUCAUCAGAUUUCUCAGGAUUUACCUUCACAUUCCGCAGCCCAGAUGAAGUGUUCAGAGAGUUUUUUGGUGGACAGGAUCCCUUUGCUGGCUUUUUUGAUGACUUCUCAUCGUUUGGAGGUCCGUCUUCUCGCCUGGGGCCCAGUCGAUUCUUCUCUUUCCCUUCGACUGGAGUUGAGUUUGCCUCUUUCUCUUCCUCUUUUGGUGGCCUGGAUGGGAUGGACAGCAUGGGUGGAGGGAUGGGUAACUUCAAAUCUGUUUCUACUUCCACUCGCAUUAUCAAUGGCAAACGCACCACCACCAAGAAGACAAAGGAGAACGGACAGGAAAGAAUAGAGAUUGAGGAGGAUGGAGUAUUAAAGAGUGUCCUUAUAAAUGGGGUUGAGGAUGAAAUGGCCCUCGCUCUGGAGCUUAGCCGGAGAGAGGAGCAGCCCCAGCAGUCCCCACAGAAGCCACGAAUCCAGAACAGAUGCCCUGCCGAGUCGGAUCGAUACCGGCCCAGCCCUUACUCUGCUGCACAGCGAUCAUUUAGCUCUGCCCCCUUCUACCACUGUGGGGUGGAUGGGGUGGCUGGAGGCAGUGAGGAUGAUGAGGAAGACGAAGACCUGCAGAUGGCUUUGGCGUGCAGCCUGUCAGAAAUGGAAGCCCAACAGAGAGCUGCUGCUACUGACUUCAUAUCAGGUGCUGGGGGCGGGGGAACUGGCAAAAGUGCCAAAAGUAGUAUGGAUAGAGGAGGUGGGGUAUUAAAGGAAAAACAUUUAAGCUUCCCUAAUGGUGAAGGAGUUUUUUCUGGUGAGAGAAAUGACGAGGGUCAGUUUGACAUGGGUUCAAAGCCUGCAGAUAAAGGACAAGGGAAGGUGGGGGAGAAUGUAACAAGGCAGCCAGGCUCCAUUCCUGGGUCAGCCACAUCUGCCAACUCAACACUGCCGAUCCCCUGUAGUGAAGAGAGGCUCAAACCUGAGAUCAGAAACUGCGAUUGCAAUGUGAAGAAGAAAAAGAAAUGUGGGUGUGCUGUCUGCUAA